AUGCGGCAAAGUAUUUGUUUUCGCAAUGUCUUUGAUCCUGUAUUCAUGCGGAGUGUAAAAAGAGCUCUCGCAUCAUAUAAGGAGUCAAUGGAUCAAUCCAACAAGAAGGGAAUGUCCCGAGAAGCAUUUGUGGAUGUGGGCGAAAAGGGACCGGCGUGGUAUUUGGGACACAUGCAACUUGCCUCACAGUCUCUCGCAGAGAAGGUUAAGGAUGCGGAUUUUGUCUUGGAAAUACGUGAUGCCCGUCUUCCAUUUACCACAGAAAAUCCGAAUCUUCGAAAACUAGUUGUGGGUCGUCCUAGACUCAUUAUAUUUAAUAAGGCAGAACUUUCUAAUGAGGACUCUAAUCGAGCUAUUCAACAAUAUUAUGAAAUGACCGGUAAUUUUGCCCUCUUUACGAGCGCUAAGCGAAGUUGGCGAGAUACGGUAGAAGCUGUUCAGCGAUUUGUAACUCAUAUUCUUCCCGCACAGCGUUUUAAAACGACUGCACAUGUUGGACUUGUAGUCGGUAUGCCUAAUGUUGGAAAAUCUACUCUUAUUAAUUCUUUGCGAAUGGCACAUGAAUAUCAAUUUCAUCGUGAAGAUUUUAGACGUUCUCGAACCCCAGAAACUGUUAGUAUAACUCCAGGAACAACGAAAGGAGUUAAACUUGUUCCUGUUUGUCGUGAUCCAAAUAUUGUUUUAUAUGAUUCUCCUGGUCUUACACUUCCGGGUUGUUUCUCAAAGGAGGCCGGUUUGAAGUUAGCCGCAUGUGGUAUUGUUCCAACCAAUAAUAUUACACUUACUCGUGCCCUUGUAUCUAGAUACAUUUAUGAUGUUCUUUCUGCUGCAGGAAUGAGUGAGCAUAUGGCUGAGUGUUUACACUUACCACGAGCUCCGAUAAGUUUUGAUGAUUGUAUUGCAAUGAUCUGUGAGAGAAGUGGUACUAGUGGACAAACGGAUUUGGGAAAUUUAAAUCCUACUCAAGCGCAGAGAUUUUUCUUACAUGAUUUUCAACUUGGUAAUAUGGGUCGAAUUACAUUAGAUCGAUUACCUAAUAAAAUGAGACGCCAAAUGAUGAAAAAUGAAUAUCAUCAAAUUGACUCUGGUAAAAGUGAUGACUCUGCCGAUACUUCAGAGAGUAGUAGCGAAUUUAUUUGGACACAUGAUGUGACUAGUUCAGAUGUAGUGGCUCGUUAUUCUGAGGAUAUGCGGGAUGUUAUGGAGGAACUUCAGGGUCAAGGUUCAAGAAAAACAUCUCCUCAUACCAAAUUAAAUAAAGACAGUACUGUCAUUAGUCGUAAAAAGGGACCUAUUAGCCGAGUAAAUGCAUUUGAUGAAAGUUUUAAAAGAAAUACCCGUAUCGCUCCAGGGAGAUGA